AUGGAGCAUCUCCAGGACGGCCAUUACGUGCGGCUGCGGAGCCGCGAGCACGGCACGUACCUGCACGCCGACGAGGACGGGCAUGGCGUCUCCCUCCAACACCUCCGUGCUUCCAUGAACGCGGCUUGGGUGGUGCACUUGUACGACCAGGGCAAUGCCGACGCCCUGGCCCAGCACAUGCUUCUCCACAGCGCCGCCUACGGCCGCUACCUCGUCGCCACGAACGCGCCGGCGCCGCGGGGCCACCGCGGGCGCCGCGUCGAGCAGCGCAACUACGAUGAUCAAGAGGAGGAGGCCAUCAGGUGGGAGGCCGUCACCGUCGGGGCCGACUCCGGGAACGACGUCCUGCUCCGCAACGUCGCCGGCCGCCACCUCCGCAACGGCGCCUGGCGCUACCUCCGCGCCAACGGCAGGUACAUCCACACCGGCGCCAGCGUCGACGCCUUCGACAACUUCAGCGCCAAGAUGCACUGGGUGGUGGAGCCCAUCCCCUUCAGGGCCGCCAUGCCUCUCCUUCGACGUCCGAAUAGGGUCAGGAUUCCCUUCACCCGAAGAAUCAUCGGCCCCGUGUUGCCGAUGCCGUCGCGGGUGAUCGUGUACGUGCGGGCGGGCGCCGACGGGAGCCGCAUCGGCCGCGGCGCCUUCGUGUUCGAGGGGAACUACGUGUUCGACCUGAGGAAAGAGCUGAUCCGCCGCCUGGAGGCCACCAUGGGCGUCUCCGACGUCGCCAUGUGCGUCGAAGCGGGUACUUUCGGGCGGCCUACCCCACUCGUCGUCGACCUGCCCCGCAGCCGCCAGAACUUCCACAUCGUCGUCUUCCCGGUCGGGACGCCAGUCCACGCGGGGGUGCGGUACCCGGACGUCGAUGCAGUGUAG